UGCCGCUGCUGCCCCUCCCAUCGGGUAGGGUUUGGCAGCGAGGACCGCACCUGGGUGUGCGGUUUCGGUGUGACCCGACCCGGAGCCAGUUUCGAUUAGGGACAGCGGUUGGGCGAGAGGGCGGAGCGGUCGAGACGAGAGAGAGGAGGGGACCUGGUACGAGAGGCUCAGUGGGGACGGUCCCGCGCGGGAGACAAAGAGCGUCCAGAGAGCGCACUGAGCAUCGUUGCUUUCCAGCCAGGCAGCGUCGCAGCAGACUUGGGGACCCCGGAUCCGGGGUGCGCUACGGAGCAAGCACCGGUGCUGGGGACCCGCGAAGCUUCGAGGGAUGCGGACUCCGGUGGUGAUGAUUCUGGGCAUGGUGUUCACGCCCUGCGGGCUGCUGCUCAAUCUCAUCAGUACGCUGGCCCCGGGCUGGCGGCUGGUGAAGGGCUUUCGGGACCAGCCAGUGGACGUGGUGCUGUACCAGGGUCUGUGGGACAUAUGUCGCGAACAGAGCAGCCGGGAGCGCGAGUGCGGCCAGCCCGACGAGUUGAGCUACUUUCAAACCCAGCUGGUGCAGGCGGCUCGGGGACUCAUGGUCACGUCACUGGCCAUCACCGCCCUGGGACUGCUGCUGGCGUCGCUCGGGGUGCGCUGCUGGCAAGAUGAGCCCCACUUCGGAUUAGCUGGCCUCUCGGGCAUCGUACUUUUCGUCUCGGGCCUCUUCAGUCUCGUCCCAGUCUCCUGGUACAACCACUUCUUGGGGGACCGCAACGUCCUACCCGCCCCGGACAGCCCGGUUACCGUGCAGGUCAGCUAUAGCCUGGUGCUGGGCUACCUAGGCAGUUGCUUGUUGCUGCUGGGCGGCUUCUCGCUGGCGCUCAGCUUUGCGCCCUGGUGCGAAGAGCGCUGUCACCGCUGUCGCAAGGCGCCCCCCGCAGGCCCGCGCCGCAGCAGCAUCAGCACCGUCUAUGUGGACUGGCCGGAGCCCGCGCUCACACCAGCCAUCAAGUACUACAGCGAGGGCCAACAUCGGCCCCCUCCUGCCGCCGAGCAACGUACCACCAGCAAACUUAAGGUCGGAUUCCCGAUGCCACGGCCGCCCCCCAAGUCCUACACCAACCCAAUGGAUGUGCUUGACGGAGAAGAGAAGACAUCCACCUCCCAAGGCGGUUCCUCCUCUCGCAGUACUCGGCCCUGCCACAAUUCGCUGCCCUGCGACUCAGACCUGUAGACACAGCUCACCCACUGUCUACCUGAGCACCGCAUGGGGUCUGAAGGUGACUUGAACUUGUGUGUUGCCAUGAUGCCUGCAAACAGAACCCUAGACACCUUUCUAUAUGGAGGGCAAACCUUCCUUUCCGGAGGCCGAACUCCUCCCCAGAUACUAGGCUGGGUUCGCUUACUUUUAAGGAGUUUCGCUUUUCUCCAGAGGGAACAGGUCUUCUCGGGCAGUGACGAGAGAGGGUGACGUUUUGCACACUGUUUAAUUGCAGUUGUAACAACAACAAAAUCGCAACCAGGCAACAGAUCUUAAAAAGGUGUAACACCUUGAAAGUACAGUGUUCUAAGUUAUCCAUGAGUCUUCAUAAACAUCGCUGUUGAGGUGGUUUGGGUUUUGUUGUUGUUGUUGUUUGUUUGUUUGUUUUUGUUUUGUUUGUCCCCCUCCCUGCUUCAGUUUCUGGAGAACUCAAAUGGCCAAAACCUAUAAAUCUGUCUGGCUGUGUUCGAAGGAGGUUCUGUAAAGCCAGCAGCUUCAAUGGCUUUUAAGAAGUGAAGUCACUUGUUCAACUCAUAUUUAUAUGUCUUCGCUCAUAUGUACUAUUUAUCUUUUCUAAUCACUUAUUUCUGUGUAGGAGGUUGAGCUUAUUCAAGAAAUUGUCUUCCCGAAGCCAGGAGAAUAAAAAAGUUGACACUGUACUGUACUGUUUGUACCCUAGAUACCUCACCCGGAAAAGAGGGAUACAUUUUAUACAAAACCAAACUGUUAAGUUGCAUUUGGCUCAAGUCCAUAUGGACAUAUCUUAUUUAUAAAUAAAAAAAAAUUUAAACAUGA